AACAUAAGAAGAGAGAAACACACAGAAACACAAAACACAAAACACAAAACACUCGGUUUGUUUGGGUUCAUGCUGGAAGAGGUCCUCUGGAUUCAGAUCAUCCUCCACGCACCGCAACACUAACCAUCUCUGGCGAAUCCGCAAUAACCGACGUGAAAUCCUCACAAAUCUCAGGCACCCACUCGCUAUUGGCACCCCUCUCCACCGAUCGCUGCUGCUACAACCACCCACCAACGCCUCCAUCCAUUCCUCUUGUUCCUUUUGGAGUUCUUAAUGCAGACCAAGAUUGCGUCGAAAUGAACGUAAAUUUCCUUGGUGCACGUGCGGCGAUAGCAUGCAGGGAGAGGGAGUGAGCGCGCGAGUGGGUUGUUCGAGCGAGGUAGCGUCCAUGCCGAAUCAGGUGGUGCGCGUGCGAAGGGACACGAUUUCAGCAUGCAUGACUUGCCCACUCUGCAACAAGUUGUUCAGGGAAGCCACAACCAUAUCCGAAUGCCUUCACACGUUUUGCAGGAAGUGUAUUUACGAUAAAAUUACUGAUGAGGAAAUAGAGUGCUGUCCAAUAUGCAACACUGAUUUGGGCUGUGUUCCACUCGAGAAACUGAGGCCAGACCACAGUUUGCAAGAUGUAAGGGCCAAAGUUUUCCCCUUAAAGGGAAGAAAGGUGAAAGCACCUGAACUUGUUACCUCAGUACCAUUACCAGCUAGGAGAAAGGAGAGAUCUCUUUCAUCAUUGGUGGUCAGCACUCCAAGGGUAUCUACACAGGCAACCAUGACAGGAAGAAGAACAAAACCUACAAGAAAGGCUAGUGGUCUGCGGUCCACUAGUUUUUCCAUUGAAAAGUCCAUUAAAAAAGAGGAAGAAUUACUGGAAGAUCAUCCUGAGAGUUCAAGCUCACCUGACACUUCAAAUAAGUUUGCUCAGAAUUCUGGACAGAGUAUGUCCCCUUGUGAGGGUAGUCAAUCCAUACCCAAUAAAGGAUCAGAGAAUGGUGCUGAACAAUGGGAUGGAAAAUUGGAUCUUUGGAAACCUUUGAAUUGUUUAGUAGAGGUUGCAAGUAGGAGUAAAUCUUUUAAGUCUAAUGUUCAAGGGUCUGAUGGAAAAUUAGAAACCAUACAAGUAAAUGAGAAUGACUCUCAAGUGCAGAAAACCAAAAAUAAGGAAAUUAAGCGUAAGGCAAAAGUUGAUGAUGAAAAGAUUAGCCCUUAUCCUGUCUCUUCAGACACAGCAAAACCCAAUAAACUGCGCAGAAUACGCAAGAAAAAGGAGCCUGCUUCUGGAGAAUCAGGCAUAUCCCCCCAAGCUGUGUUAGAUUCUGCCAGCAAUAGACUCUUAAGGACUGGUCCAAUUUGGUUCUCCUUAGUAGCUUCUGAAAACCAGGAAGGAGAUGCACCCUUGCCCCAAAUUCCUGCAAGUUAUGUGAGAAUAAAGGAUGGUAGCGUACCUGUCUCAUUCAUCCAAAAAUACCUAAUGAAGAAACUAGAUUUGACCAGUGAAACAGAGGUUGAGAUUAAAUGUAUGGGACAACCAGUGCUCCCUACACUGCGGCUAUAUAAUUUGAUUGAGUUGUGGCUUGAUACGGCGUCCACGUCACAGAGAAUUCCAGCAACUAUUGGAUCCUCAGCAAAGGAAUUUGUCAUGGUCCUGGCUUAUGCACGCAAGGUUCCACACCCAUAAUCAUGAUUCAUACUUAUAAUGUACCUUUAAAAUCUUCAUCAUAGCAUAGUCACUCACCAUCGCCACCCUGGAGGAUGAUAGGAUAAGAUAAGCCAAAUAAAUUAUAAAGAAUUUCUCUCCAUAAAGCACAUACCCUUUUAUCAUUAAUGUAGCCAUCUUGAUCUUCUAUCAUUGUAAUGUUCAUUACAUCCUGAUUUUUCAAGACCAUUUUUUAAAAAUCUGCUUA